GUUUGAAUUGAAACAGCAGUUGAAAACAUCCGAGGAUCAUAAUUGACGCGUCAAGAUCUCUUUCACCUGUGCACUAGACCUGAGAGACUUCUUACGUGCGUGGCUGCCCUUGAAGAAUUUGGUCUGCAAAGAAUACGCCCUAUCCGAUCGAGACCCCGACGGUCCUCUUGUUAAACUAUGCCUUAUAACAAUGCGCCCAUCGAUCCUCCAGAAGAGAUCACAGGCACAUCUGUGCUGCCUCUUGCGAGAGUGAAGAAGAUUAUUGCAAUGGACGAUGAUAUCGCUCAAUGCUCGACUACGGCAGCCUUUGCGAUCUCAGUUGCGACGGAGAAUUUUAUACGAUAUCUCGCAGAGCAGUCACACACCGUGGUCAAAUCAGAACGAAAACCGCGGAAAAAUUUAGCAUACAAAGAUAUUGCGACCGCAAUAUCGAGAAUCGACAAUCUUGAGUUUUUAUCAGACACAGUGCCAAAGACCAAAACGUAUCGCCAAUUUCGAGAAGAAAAGGCACAAGAGGCGGCAGCAAAAGCCGCUUCUGCUGCAGGAGCUACGGCGAAUACCGCGAACGGAGACAGUAGUACACUGUCCAUAGAUACCAUGAUGAAGAAUCAAAAUUUAAAUGGCACGAACGGUGUCAACGGUUCUUCAAAUGAUAUUACGGGCAGUCCAAUUGCUCACAGAUCAGCACAUUCGAGAAAUCACAGUCACCACGAUCCAAUUCGAGACAUUGAGAUGACUGAAUGAAAGGUAUUUGGCUGGAUACGAGUUCUUUUCCGGGUUGGUCUACAGGAACUGGUGUUGCGCUGUGGACGAGCAUGAAGUAUGACUACAUUGUACAAUCACGAUAAAAUCAGAGGCAGCAUGAAUACGGAGUCUUAUUGGGGCCAUAGUGUCUCCUGAAAUAGGUAGUUCACUGGGUGUCGAUGCUCUGGCCAGACUAUGUGAAUGAAAAAAACUAUGCCGAUAGAU